AUGAGCAAAAAGCGACAAAAGUCCGCCCGGAUCGGCGGGGCGGCCAAGGGCGGCGACGACAGCGCUCCCAACGAGCUCAGUCUUCUGAGUGAUGACAGCUGGCAGUGCCACCUGGCCUUGGUGCACAGUGCACAAUAUUAUGCUGAAAAAUAUAGCCAUGAGGCGUUGGCGCUGGCCCGUCGCGGUGUUCGACCCCGUUUUAUGGUCAUCUCUUACGCCACCAUGAAGGCGGAGGCGGACGAGCUGGCCAAAGCCAAGGGCAAAGCCAAGAACGCUGAUAUCCAGGCGCGUGCCGAACAGCUUAGCGUCCUCAGUGCAGCCUUGGAGAGUGAUGCUGACGGCGAGGUGGCAUCUGCCAUGGCCGCGGUCAUUCGGGCCAUGCUCCAGCAGCGCAAGACCCAGUUCUUGACUGCUCGUGAUGCAGAAGGCGAGGGAAGGCUGGCGGCAGAGAGCGGUGAAAGCACCGUAGCGGCGGGUCGUGUCAGCAAAACACCCAAGCGUGGUACCAAACCUGCCAAUUCACCCAGCUCCGCGCCUGGCAAACGUGCCGCAAGCAUGAAAACCCGAGCCGAGGAACUGGCCCACGUCGAUGUCACGGCAGAUGAGCCCGAGAAUGGCCCUCGGCUCUACUGCCUCCUCGAGGGCUUUCAUGAUCCCCAGCUCCUCCCAGCACUGGCCACGCAAGGCAUUCCCAUUCAAACCGUUGUGCAGGUCACGUCCGAUGAUGAUGAUGCACCUGAUGAGCAACCGCCUGCUUCGACCGAGGCUGACACGGCAUCAGAGGGAUUGGCCGAUCCCACCGCUUUCAUUCCGCCGCCUCGGGCCGAUGCCGUCCUCAACUUUGUGAGCCACGCUCGCCAGCUUGUCCGUCAAGCAGACGAGGCCUCCGUUUUACGUGAUAUUGCUUGGCAGGAGUUGGCUGUGGGCCAGCAUCCAGACGCAGCCGCCACUUUUGACAGCAUGGCACACCUCUUGUACAAGCUACUGGAUCUCUUUCAAGACUACCGAGUCUUUUCGUCUUCCCUUGAACUCGUCACGGUUCCUGCCGUUCGAGGCCCAAUCGACACUCGGCUCUACGACCAGCUCGUGGACAGGCUUUCGCCACGCGACCGUGUCGUUCCCGUGCUCUUGGACUGCAUGCUUCAACACGUAGCGGCCACCGUGGAGCACACAGAAGCCCCCGUCUCCCUCGCCAAGCGUCUCAUUUCGGAUAUGGAAUCUGAGCCGCGCUCAGCCUCGGGCGAGCGCCCGCGCUCCAAAUCGUCGCAACGGUCCGUGUCCGCAACUUCCCGGCCCACCACAGGUGCCGUAGAGGCUCGGAAUGCCCGCAGCGCCAUGGAGGCAGCCCGCCGCCUGGUGGAGCAACAGCUGGACACAUUGAUGGCCCCCUUUGAUGAAUUGGACCAGGAUGAGGGUGUUGACACCGGGUCCACCGAGCCGCUCAUCAUUCGUCACAACGAUGAGGUCCUGCAAACCCUGUCCUCUGACUUGCCGCACUCAGAAUACGCCCCCUUGUCAGGGGCUCGUCGUAUCUUCCAGGCGGCGCUGGCACACCAGCUCUCCGAGAGCAUCACAGAGCGAGCAGUACUCUCGCAAAUGGAGCGCGACUUUUUUUUCCAACAGCUCCUCGAACACAGCAGCCUCACCCGAUCUGAAAGCGAGGUCAUUAUGCACCACCUCAAAUUUGCGCAGCUUUUGGCACAUGCCACCGGCUCUCAACCCCAAGACUGGGAUCUGUCAUCCUUUUGUUUUUCAGAGCGCUAUGACGCCCAGACCACCCAGCAGGUCUUACACGACGCCACGGCCGGGAGCACGCAGCGCUUGUUGACGCGCUAUGACCCCAACUUGCAUGCCAUGGUUGCGUGUGUUGUCUCCGAGGCCACGCUGCCCAAUGCUCAAUGGUCAUCAUUUGCUCCAGGACCGGUUGGAUUUUCCGAUUACCUGGAGCAUGUGCGUAGUGUGAUUGGCGGCGGACCUCCUUACAACAUGACUCCAGCCUGUAACGUUCGCCAUCCUGUCCUCUCCGUGACGGGAAAUUGCGAGGCGGCCGCCUACAAUGACGUUGUGCUGCAGCGUAACACGUACCACUUCUACGACCAACCACAACGUGUACGCCUACUUUUAGAGCACGCCACACUUCCCUGCCAGGCCUUCUUGACUGCCUACCCCGAGGCGCUGCUGCCAGGCGAGGAUGAGACGCCACAAACUUCGCUGCGCGUCGUCUUUGGAAACACAGCAAUGGUACUGGAUCGACACACACUUCGCCGCUGUGCGACGCGGGGCAAGUGUGACUGGGUGCCCCCUUCGGCGCCCACUGGCAUCACUGAACCGGCCAAUAGCGAUGGUGUGACGCCAACGCCAGCAGAUGACAAGCGCCAGCGUAGCGGUGGCCCGCGUCCGCGCUCUAGCACAAAAAACAAGCGUGCGCCCAAGCCCAGUGGCGGCACGGUUACUCCUGCCGCACCCGCCGGGGAGGAUGCGCCUGCCACCACCGAGGAGACCGCAGUUGUUUCCGUCUUUGAGCCCGUGGAUCCGGCCACGAUCCUAGCAGCAAGUGUUUUGGUGAGCGAUCGCCUGAAUGUUCAUUUGAGUCCAAACGGUGCCAUCACCCUGGUUGAUCAUGCGACUUCAGUUGGCGUUGAGCAGUCUUCAUUUGGUGUGCAGGCGGAGCGCUACCGUAGCUACCUACCGGGAGGCACUGUGGUGCGCGUCCUGCUGAGCGGUGACGUUGAAGUAUUGCAUGCAGACGGUCGUUCGUGGUAUCUCAAGGGCGGGGAGUGGAGGAUGAAAAGCUUUGAGGGUCAGUGCGUCCGAUACGAUGCACACGGCGUCGAGAUUGAGACGAUCGAUCUGGCGACCGUAAGCAUGCACAGCGUACCUGAAGGCGUCGAAGUGCUGGGCAGGGAGGAUGGCGCUGUUUUGGUGCGCCCCACCUCAGACAGCCACGCCCUUGAAUUUCCGGAUGGCACCCAGUUUCACCGCGAUAUGCACGGGCGCCUCCGCAUCUGUUUUGCCGGCCUACCGGACGUGGUGCAAAUGGAGGAUGCCGUGCAGCUGCUUGUUGUGGAGGACGAUUUAACGCUGACCCAUCGCUACCAUGCCGGUGAGCUCAUAGCCGAAUCUGACUAUUGUACCGUCAGCAUUACGGCCACCGGCGAGGCCCGUUUUGACUGGCAAGGCCAGGAGGCAAGCUUGAAUCUGUUUACCGGCGAGGCGGCGUGCUUGGAGGAUGGGGAGGAGAUGGCGCAAAUCGCGACAUUUGAAGCGGUGGACGCACACAGCACGGGCCAUGCAAACGCCGGCGCCGCGGAUGCGCGUGAAAGCGUGCUGCCCAGCCUCUUUGUGUUGUAUCCGGAUGGAAGCAGCGUUCAGUACCUGCGAAAUUUGGAGCAAGAGCUCGAGGAGUUGGUCGAGGCCGACGAUCACAUUGAGUUGAUUCGGCACCGCCUGGCCUCGGACAGUACCUCGGAGAGCGUCACCUUGAUUCAGCGCGAGGAGUGGCCACCGAAUCCGCAUAAAGCUUUGCCCUCCAUCAUCCCGCCGUCGCUGCAGCGCCACGGUGGACCAGUCAAGAAUCCCCAGAGCAAGCAAGCUCUACUUUUGCGACAAUUUGUCAAGCAUGAGGCAGUGACGGCUGAAAAGCUUCAACAGCUGGGUUCAGCCUUGAUGGCAGCGCGCCAGGCCAAAAAGGAACAGGAGGCCCAAGUCGCAGCAGUGACUCUGCGGGAUCAGCGUCGGUCAAGCACGGCUGCUCAAGCGGCGGCGUUGCGGGCGCAGGUCAUGCAGAAGCUCGUCACGCUUCAAGACCAGGAAAUCGAGGCAGCGUGGGAUGAGCUUAAACAAGAUGAAGACCAGGAUGCUGAUUCACUGGCUGGCUCGCCAAAACUCGAGUCCCGUGACAAGGCUGAGCCUGCGGCCGCUCCACCAAACAUUCGCCGCGGCCUCUCCGUGCGAGAACUCAUGAAGGAUGCGGCACAACCGACCAUCCCUGGCUACUUUUCGUCUCCCGAAGGCUCACAGGUUGCAGCGGACAUCAGUGCUCGUCGCCGGGCCGCUCGGCUGGCCGAGGUGGAGGCGCAGCGAGCCCAGACUCGGGCUGUGCAGGAAGCCCUGGCUCAGGGCCAAGCCUCCGCUCCGCCAAAGUCCAAGCCCCAAGGGGCUGGUGGUGUGAAUCAGAAAAAUCCUACGCCGGCAUCGAUUGGGGAAAGCCAGGUACCGGCGGCAGCGGCAGCAAGCGCAACCAUCACCGCGGCUCCCUCGCCACCAAGAACACCAAAAUCUGCCCCAGUCGGCGCAGCCUUGAUUCCCGAGGCUACAAACGACCUGUUCUUGGCGGGCCCUCAAGAGGAGCCCAGCCGUCGACCGACCCAGGACCCACAUUCUUUGGGACAGCCUCGUUUCCGCGACAUUCAUUCUGCAACGGUGGAUAGCGCUCAGGUGCUGGGCGCUGAGGUACCAGGACCGGGUAGCCUCCGUUCGACAUUGCGUGGCGAAUCUGAGAGUACCCCCCGUGGCGGCGCGCUGAGCACUGACGAGGCCAUUGCAGAUGCCGAAGCGAGUGCGGCGACGACAUUGGUGGGCACGCCACUGCAGACCUCACAAGAUCAGAUUGAGUUUGGUUGCCUGAAGGAGGAUUCUGCCUACUGUAUGGCGUUUCGGAUCGAAAACACGGGAACAGAGGCACGUCAGUUCUCUGUCACACCGGUCACGGACGAUCGUUUACUUGUGUUGGCGCCUUUUACCAAGGUCGAGCCCGGUGCUGCGGUGCGGUGCGAGGUGCAAGUCAAUGCCACCCGGGCUGGGGACCUGGACACCGCACUAGUACUUGUGGACGCCGCUGGUGGUGAGCUGCGCUUGCCCUUGUCGGCUUCCAUCUUGAGCAAACAGGCCUUUGAGCAUCAGCGACUCUCGGCCCGGCAUCGCGGCAAGGGCGUGCGAUUGCUCUCCACGCGUCCCUUGUCGUCCCGAUAAACGAUGGUAUCACAGCUCCAUAUGGGCUUUGUUCGUGCUAAAGCGCCGCCGCGCACCAAGCAAUACUUGUUGUCUUGUGCCGUGCCGAAAGGCUAUGGUGGCGGUUGGUCUUGUCCUAAUCGAAGUUUUUUUUG